UGUGCGUCGAGUAUUAAUACCAUAUAAAAGAAGUGAAUAAUUUUUUUAACAUUAAUGUAUACAUAGGUUUGUUGCCUUACAUAAUGGGUGUUUAUGGCCUUUGGCGUUUAAUUGAUGCAGCAGGAAAACAAGUACCUUUAGACACACUAGAAGGAAAAGUUUUAGCUAUUGAUAUAUCAAUUUGGAUACAUCAAGUAUUACAAGGAUAUCAAGAUCGAUUUGGUAACCCAAAACCUAAUGCUCAUCUGAUUGGUUUAUUUCAUAGAAUAUGCAAACUUAUGUAUUACAAAAUUAAACCAGUUUUCAUUUUUGAUGGAGGUGUACCAAUGCUUAAGAAGGACACAAUCGCUUUACGCAGGAAACAGAAAUCUAUGGCCAAGAAUAAAGCCCAACAGAUGAGGACAGAAUUAAUAAAUAAUUUGAUAAAACAUUCUACAGUAAAAACAAUUCUUAAUACUGAGGAACAAAACACUACAAAUGCCCCUUCUGAAGUAAUUAUAAAUUUGCAAAAUAAACAAACAACGGAUGAUAUGUUCAAAUUACCAAAUAUUCCGAGUACAAGCAACACGGAAUUAAAUCUUAGCGAUAAUUCCGAUUCAGAUUCGCCUGAUGAACUGAGUCCACGGAAGCAAACAAAAUGGAUUGGAAAUAUUCAUAACGUCGAUGUAACUAGUGCCGAAUUUAAAGAUUUACCAGCUGACGUGCGUUAUGAAAUUCUAACAGAUCUCAAAGAAACAAGAAAGCAAAGUUCAUGGGGUCGAUUGCACGAAAUGCCUGAAGAAUCAAAUCAAUUUUCUGGUUUCCAAAUGAAACGUUUGUUGAAGCGUAGGUUAGUACAACAAAGUUUAGAAAGUGCAGAAAAAGAAAUGGGUGGAAAAACACUUACAUUGGACGAGUUAGAUAAAUUAUUAAAAGAACAAGGGAUAACUACAAAUGUCCAGAAUUAUACUUAUCGUAUUGCUGCAGACAAUACAACUAGAUUAAUUUAUAUUAGUGAUAAAAAUGCAUAUCUCAAAGGUAACAAUGUCAAUUCAAAUAGUGAGAAUGCACAAAAUAAUGAGAGUAAAGUAAAUGAGGCCACUGCUGGUUCCAGUAAAGCUACAUCAAUCUAUGAUGAUAUAAAUGAAUAUGAACUUAAUGAUGAUUGGGAUAGCGACAUUGAAAUGUCUACGGAUGAUUUUAAAUUUACAGAAGAAGUAAAUAGCGAUACACAAUCAGAAAUAGAAUCGAAUGAAUCGCGAGCAUUAUCAAAAAAAUAUUUCGGAAAAUGCGCUACGAAUCCUGCACUAAUGUAUAUGUUAGAAUAUAGCGGAUUAACGGAGAAGCAAAUUCUUACUCUUCUUGAACAAGGUAAUGGUGAAACUAAUAAAGUCACCAAAGAUGUCACAAAAGUGCCACAACAGGUCACUUUCCUUGAAACACAGCAUUGUGAAAAUAAAAGUAAUUUAUCAAAUGAGCAACAUUUAAUUCAAAUACUUGAAAAUAAUGGAGAACAUACAAAACUAGAUUGUACAAAUAUAAAAUCGAUUCAUGUGUCGGAAAUGCAUGACGGAAUUACGGAAUGUGACUCAACAAAUUCUAAAUCAAAUGUUGAAACAAAUAUUAUUAAUUUAUCUCCUAUGAAAACCGCAAACAUUUCGAAUAAAACGAACGAUGAAUUAGAAAAUGUAACUGCAAUUAGUUCAACAGAUUCGGACUCAGAUGACUUUAUAGAGAUAGAAGAUACACCAAUAUCAGAAGUAACCACUACUGUUAAUAAAUGUAUUCCACAACAAGGUAUUCAGAUAACAUUUAAAUCUGAUGAAAAAAUGGAAAGUGAUAUAUUCGCUGAUAUAUUUGAAACAUCCAAUAACGAAUUAAACGCAGAAAUAUAUUCACAAAAUACACAAGUCUUCGAUAAGUUGCCUAUGCAAUCGCCGAAAAGUCUUUUCUCCGAGAAUGAAAUAUCAAAAAACGAAAUCACUUUUGAGGAAAUAAUUGUGCAGUCGACAAAAGAUCAAGUUAAGGAUAAACAACUAUCUAAUAUAGAAAAAAUGAAUGACAUCAAUGUAGAGUCUAUCAUAGAUAUUGAUGUGAAUAUUUUAAAUACAAAUGCACAGUCUGGAGAAGAUCAAACGAAAGACAAAACUGGUAUUGAAAAUGUAACCAAUUUUCCAAAAGAUAAUGUAGAAGCUGCAGAUAAUGCAAAUAUUAAUAUAAUAAUUGAUCACUCAAGAAAAGUAAGUCGUAUACCGACGAAUGAAGAUGAAUUGUUAUCCUUACAAACACAACUAGAAGAUAAACAAAAGGAAUUAAUAGCAAAUAUUGGUAAAUUAGAAAGGCAAGGUAUCGAUAUUUCUGAUCAAAUACGAAUCGAAGCUCAGGAAUUGUUACGAUUAUUUGGAAUACCAUAUAUAGUAGCACCCAUGGAAGCAGAAGCGCAAUGCGCAUACUUAGAACAAAUUCAUCUCACCAACGGUACAAUCACGGAUGAUUCGGAUAUUUGGCUGUUUGGAGGACAAUGCGUUUAUAAAAACUUUUUCGAUAAUAAGAAAAAAGUUCUUGAAUUUCGUUCCUGUGAUAUACAACAUUAUUUUAGUAAGCUGAUUGCUAUCUUACUAAUCCAAAGAAUACGUAUUAAAGUUCAAAUUAUAGAACAUUUAUUUCUUUUAGAAUUAACACGAAAUGAAAUGAUACAACUUGCUCUCUUAGUCGGUAGCGAUUAUACAACAGGUUUGUCUGGCAUUGGUCCCGUUACUGCCUUAGAAAUAUUAGCAGCAUUUCCUUCAGAAGGUGACAAUUUAUUACGAGGUUUAACAAACUUUUAUUCUUGGAUCGAAAAUGGCAAAGCCGCCGGUCCUGGAAAGUCGACCUUACGAACCAAGUUACAGAAUUUACAAAUUCAAAAAGGCUUCCCAAGUCAAGCUGUUGUACAAGCAUAUCUUUCACCAAAGGUGGAUGAGUCAAAAGAGACUUUCACUUGGGGUAAACCAAAUAUUGUACUUUUAGCUGAUUAUGCAAAACAAAAAUUUGGUUGGGACAAAAAUAAAUGUGAUAAAAUUAUGGAACCAGUACUCAAAAGAUUAGAAGAGAAACAAGUCCAAAAUAAAAUAGAUGCAUAUUUUAAAUUACAAACUAUUCCAAAAUCAAUUGAAAUGAAUUUGAGUAAACGAGUGCGAAAAGCUGUGCAAAGAUUAAAUAACGAGGAUGUGGAAGAUUCUGCGCGUGUAGAAAAUGUGCAAGAAUCAAUUAAGAAAAAGAAAUAUUCAAUUGAAAACCGAAAAAAGAAAAAAGAGUUGAAAAAUAAAGAAACUUCAACUGAUCAUACCAAGUCUAAAGUUCUCGCUGUUACUGCUCCUAACGAAAAAAAUGUCAAUGAAUAUAUACCGCAAAGAGAAAAUGAUAAAGCGAAUGCAUUAAAAAAUAAGUUACAUGCGAUCGAAGUACUUCGAAAAUCAAAACGAGGAUUAUACAAAACAAAAAAGGUAAAACGUUGUGUAAGAAAAGUGAAAAUAGAAGCUGAGCUUUCAGAAAGUGAUAGUGGUAGUUCGUAG